GCCUCUAGGAUAAGACACAACUUACUCGGAGCAUCAAGUGUGCAGCCAUAUUACACAAGAAAGAUAUGGACAAGGAAACUGUGGCAGAUCUACAUAAAGGGCUUUUCACCCUUGUGUUCUCGUCACCAGAAGCCAUCAUGUCACCGACAUGGUGGGAGUGGGUGCGCCUCAACCGGAAAAAGAUUGCUCUUUUGUGCAUUGACGAGGCACAUUGUCUAACGAAAUGUCAUGUGAAACUGCUCUCCAAUAGGGGAGAGACGUUCCGAGAUCAUUACCUUUCCAUCACGGAACUCGGGAGUCGGCUACCAAAGACACCAGUGAUGAUGCUAACAGCAACAGCAACUCCUGUGAUGGUAGAGCAGAUAAUCGGUCAUAUGCAUUUAAAACAAGAUGCUGUGGUUUACGUCACACUACUACCUGACAGACCUAACAUUCACUUAGAAGUGAAAACUGUCAACAUCAAGAGUUUUGAAGAUACGCUGGGAUGGUACCUGGCAGAGCUGAAAAGUAAAGUUGACUCAGCCCCCAAAGCAAUUAUAUACGCAAGGCAGGUGGACCAGGUCGGUGAAAUAUAUCACUGGUUGAUGCGUGAGCUGGGCUCCUCUGCGUUUGCCAUCGAUACACCUGCCGAAGUGCACAACCGGACAGUAGAGAUGUAUCAUGCUGCAACCGAUGUCGACAGCCAGAGACGGAUCGCGAGUACCAUUGCAGACACCACCUCCAGCAUUCGUUGUGUUGUUGCUACCAUCGCAUUUGGCCUCGGAAUCAACAUUUCAAAUGUUGAUUACGUCCUCCAUUGGGGACCAUCCGGUGAUAUCAUGAGUUACUGGCAGGAGGAAUCCAUCCGUGCAGAGAAGCUCUUCAGCUUUUGCCCAAGCUUCAUGGGCGAUGAUAUGCCACGACGCAUGUCAAAGUUUUGGAAUGCCUCGUGUUCCCGGCCUGACACACUACAUCUGAAGAGCAGUGCAAAGCCAGGAAAGAGUGAGCAAUGAUGAAAUAUUUAGGAUGCUUCCUAGACCAGAACUGCAACAAGUCCAUUUUCCAGUCGUCGACCAUUGCUGCGCCGUCACCCUCUCGCACCGCCAUCCUUCGUGACAUGUGUGACAGCCCUUCCCACAUUAGAGCCUUGGUAUGGUUCAGCACAUAGUCGUCUCGUUCUGCUCCUAGACUGCAUGCUUCACUACAGUACCAGAAUCAUCUAAAUGAUCCUCAACAUAUGCCUUGGCAGCAAUCCUGAUGCUUUCGUUGUCACUAGGCUCCCAGCAGAAUUCAACUACCUCCUGCGCCAGUUGAUGGAGCCAAGUCAUCUGCGCUUUCCUGGUUCCAUUCGUGGGGAAACCAUCAGGAAUGUCUUUCAUGGUUGUCAUCCCCCGCAACUUCAUCGCACAGAGCAAGACAUGAGCGUCUGUAGUGAACUAGCAAGAAAUAAUUAUAACGCAACUGUAGCACUGGCAUCCUUAUUAAUUAACAAGACUCAGCUAGUAUUUUUUAUGUGUUUCAAACAUGGAAAUCCUGUUGCUGCUAUUUUAUUGUUUAUGUUAGCAUUUUUAAUAAACCAGCUGUUUGACUCACGUGGUACAUGUCCCAAACAUGUUGGAAGUUCGACAUCACUUCUUUUCGAAAUGAUCGGUGGUUGAAGUCACACUUCAACUGUGCAACCGUUCCUCUGUCGGCGAUACUUCCUCCACGAAAGAACGUAUUAUUUAAAUCCUUAAAUUGCAAAUACCACCAAGUUUUAUACACUAUUACUAUGCCACAACCGUCAUUAUCACAACCACAUGGUUAGUUGAUUUCAAGAACUUGUGAGGAGGUUCAGACAUGACAAAAGCAUUUACUAUUACAUUGUUAAAUCCAUUGUUUAUGUUAAGUGACAAUGGCUAUUAUAGAAUGUUUAACAGCGAUUUAUUAAAAUAAUGUUUUGUA